CCAAGGCGGAAGUGGCUUGAGGCGCGUGGGCGGAGCUGCGCGUUGCUAUGUCUGCCGCCUUGCUGCGGCGCGGCCUGGAGCUGCUGGGGCCACCCGAGGCCCCUCGGGCCGCGCCAAGCCGGGCCAAGCCGAGUGGGGCUCCGGUGAAGCGGGCCCGGAAGGCAAAGGCAACCCAGGCUCGGAAACUGCGGAACUCGGCCAAGGGAAAAGUGCCCAAGUCGGCGCUAGCUGAGUUCCAGAAGCGAGAAUGUCAGGACCACCUCAGAGCAAACCUGAAGUUCAUGACCUGUACGAGAAGCACCGUGGCUGAGGCUGUCACCCAGCAGAUUCUGCUCCAGAACCGGGGACGCAAGGCCUGCGAUCAGCCUGUGGCCAAAAUGAAGAAGAAGAAGAAGGCUGAGGGCACAGUGUUCACGGAGGAGGACUUCCAGAAGUUCCAGCAGGAGUACUUCGGCAGCUAGGGCCCC